CUAUAGUUGGAUAUAUUGAAUACCUUUUGUGCAGUGGAUGUCUAUAAUAGACAUAAUAAUCUCAAGAUCUGUCACAAUGUACUUUUGUCCAUUGUUGAUGGGCUGUAUCUGACACAAAUAUUUCUGAAAAAUGCUAAACCUACCAGAACCUUGUAGAUCAUGUACAUAUUCCCAAAGCAAAAUUAUAAGUCUUUCCCGUUUAGGCUUUAUUGUAAAUUUGAAUCCCGAUUAUACCAGAUGCCUACAAUUUGUGUACUGAACUAACAUAAGCUAACGUCACAUAACCACGUGACCCGUUGGAGUCGUAGUGCGCCUGCGCAAACGGUCGCGGGAAGGAUUUGAUAUUUGUUUGAAUUCGUUCGGUCGAGAAUAGGAAGAUGUAGUUGAUACAAGUGAAUGUUAUCGUUUUGCUUUAUCAACAAUGACGGAGGCAUCUAUUCUGCCAGGGUUAGCUGGAGCGGCAGAUUGUUCAAAUGAAAAUGAUUCUUCUUGUAGUGAUAUAAGCAACAAAAGUUUGCGUAUAGCAGAAAAUGCAAAGAAAAAACGUCAGGCGGAGGCUCCUCUUUUGUUGGCGUUGAAGUACUUCUCCCAAGUGAAAACGGGUACGCCUCGGAAUGGGAACGAUGAGCUGUAUGGCUAUCUUGAGCAGGUGGAGAGGGAAGCCCUGGCCCAAGGACUUGCCCCAGAGGCCGUCUCCAUCAUGCUGGAAUUUGCCAUGAGUCUGCGCAUGACGAGUGCGAUAUCCUCGCGGGUGCUGAGGUUCCUGAUUCCUGCCUCAGUAGUGCCCCAGGAAGCUGUGGUCAGAGGGUUCUCAUGGCUGUGCAUGCAGAAAUUGUCCCAGCCCACCCAGGUUCUUUUCCUCCGCUGGGUGCUUAGCAUGUUUGACAUGAUUGACUCCAAGGACAACCUAAGGGCCAUCUACGGUUUCAUCUUUAGCUUCGUGAUAGAUGAAACUAUGUGUCCCUUCAUCUGCCACCUCCUGUACCUUCUAACUCUAAAAGAACACGUGAAGCCCUUCAGAGUUCGAAAGCUGUUGGACAUUCAAGGCAGAAUGGGCAAGCAGCCGUUCCUAAUGCAGUUACUGGCCCUCUACAAAGUCUUCUGUCCAGAGAUGGUGACACUCACCAUGCCGUCCAAGAUGAAGGCUGGUUUCAAAAACCACAACUCCACAUGGAAGGUUGCGUUGGCUGCGCUGCGGAAAAGGAACAUCAGUAAAGAGACUCACAGCAUGGAGCUCACGCUAGGUGUCCGGCAGCAUCCGCACCGAAGGAAAAGGAAAUUCCAUCACCUGUUGGUGCCGGCCUUAACCCCAAUGAUGGAGAGCUCACGUUCCAACAGCAGGAAGGGGGUGUGCUUGCAGCAGCUGAGCUCUUUUGCCGAGCUUCUGGACAACCUCAACAGCAUUGAGCUCCCGGCUCAGAUGGGCUCGCUGCUCAGCUCAGCUCUGGCUCUGCAUUACCUGGACUGUGUGCAGGACGAGUCUGCAUUCCUCCGCCUCAACUUCUGGCUGGGACAUGCACUGCAUGAAGAGUUCCUGUUUGGUCCUGUGGACGGCAGCUCGGAGAGCAUGGGCGAAGCGGCUCACUUCCUCAGCAUGCUCGUCUCCACACAACACUUCCUUCAGGAGGGCUUCUCCAGCACCGAGGGCUUCCUCUACAAGUUCCUCACCAUGUGGGACGGCUUCCUUCACCGGCCGCAGAUACUGGAGCUGCUCAGCGACAUUCCACUGGUGCCCAGCUCCUACAUUAAGGAUGUUCUCUUUGAGCCUUUGAUGCAGCUGUACUUCACCUCAUCUGUGUUUUUCAAGUGCAGUGUCAUUGAGUGUCUGACCAGCAUGCUGCGGAAGUGGCUGACCUGGCAUUCCGUCUGUGCCCAAGAGGAAGGGCUGGACAUCAGCCUUAACAACCGCAGCACCAUGAGCCUGAGUCUGUCGGGUUUCCUGGACUCUGUGUUAAAACUGGUGCAGUUUGUGGGCCGUCUGACCUCCGUGGGCUUGCAGCUGGAGCGCGGCCACACCCUACUGCUCCACCAUGCCCUGGGCUUCUAUGAGACGGUGUCCGACAUGUUCCUUAAGUACAGUUUGCCCCUGUUUGUCAUGUUGCCCCCCGGCGUCUUCUUCCCAGCACUCCUGGCCACAGACCCUGUCUCUAUAGAUCGGCUUGGGUACAUCAUGUUCAGGUACAGGCAAAAUCUGACCUCUGCCAAGGAGCAACAGAAGAAGCAAAGAGAGCUGUCUCUUCAUAUCAACCGGAGCGUAUACAAGGAGUUCAAUACCUAUCUGGUGGCCAUGGUGGCCCACCUGUGGAAUUCCAAGAGCUUCAGCCCGAGAACGGGCAUCGAGGUCAGCGAGGCGCUGCUGGAGCGAACCAAAGUGGCCGACUAUUCGAAGAGCUUUGACCUCAUCCACCACCCAGCAUUCCUCAACUACGCCAUAGACUUUCACCAGCAGUGUUGGCCGGAGCGCACCGACGUGGACCUGAACUCCAUCAAGGUAGGGAAGUACUGGGAGUGGUACGUGGAGUUCCUCUUCACGCAAGGCUUUGAUGGCCUGAGGGACUUCAUUAAGGUUAACAUCAACCAAGCAUCGGCCCGGCAGAGCAUCGGCCAGCCUCUCAGCCAGCCCACGCAGCCCAGCCAGCCGACAGCAGUGUCGUCGCCAUCAUCGUAGGAGCAAUAACGCCUACCCUAACUUUUCUCUCAACCCUUCUCUGCUGGAGUUAGAAGUCUGAAUGGAACAUGGCAACCUGCCUAAACCACAUCACCUGGUUUUCUGAAGUCUCCUUGGGGUGCCAUCGUCACAUCAAAGACUAUUUAUUGAGAGAUCCAUGUGUAAAUAGCUUUUGUAUUGUAUCGUGUAUAUUUCUGUGUAAUUAUUUUUCAACACUGCUUGCUCUGUGAGAUAUUCAUGUUUGUGUUCUUCACUUUGUCUACUUAUUUCCUACUGUUUUUGUGUCAAUUAACUGCAAUAAUUAGAAGCUUUUCGUACAUCAUA